AUGGCCGCCACAAUCUCCCACGACCUCGCCUGGACAAUCACCAAGGGCCACAGCGCCACCCUGGUGAAGCGCGCCAACGGCGUCCAGUUCUCCCGCGACCCGCUGAACCUGCGCAACAUCUACAGCCGCAAGAACGAGGGCCAGAUCGCCAACAAGGCCAUCGGCGUUGUUGCCACCGAGAACGGCGGCAUCCAGCUGCUCACCAAGAAGGCCGACAGGCACCACCAGCCCAUCUCUUCGACCCAGACCACCACCUUCGGUGCCAAGAAGGGCUCGCGCAAGCUGUACUCCGCCAUUGUCAACUCCACCACCAAGCGCAACUACCGCCCCGACCUGCGCAAAGACGCCGUAGCCCGCGCCUCCGCCAUCCGCAAGGCCGGCAAGCCCGUCAAGGCCUCGCCCGCCUCGAAGCUGCGCGGCGCCAAGGCCCUCAAGGCCGCCGAGGCCAGCGCCUAA